CAUUGUUCGCGCACAGGACGCUCAUCGUAUGUCCAUAUGGUACCUGGCUAAAGAUUAUUUCCAAGAAGACCAAGCCGUUAGCGUCCGAGGCAAGUUUCAUACUGGCUUUUACAUCAAAUUUCUUUAUUACCGAUCGAUCCUCAAUUACCAAUCACGUACAUACAUAUUUUCUUUCAACAACGUUGCACAAAACUGAAUAAUAUUUCUAAGAAUUUCCAUUCCCAUUAAAUUACAAUCGAUGACCGUAAGAAUUCUCGCGAGUCUUCCAAUCGAUGAGAUCCUAAGAAUCGGUUUAUACUCAAGAAGCACGGAUAUAUAAGAUAUUUAUUUAUCUCAUCUCGUGUAAUUGCUAAAUUUUUGAAAUCGUCGUUUGAUUCGACGUUUUCAUAUUUCAUAUGAACAAGACGCGCGCCAGCAAUCGAGACUAUCAGUGCAUAACGAUAGCGAUAAUAUCUUGUGCGUAACUGUAAAUAACUGUAAAUCAUAGAAAGAAUAAUUGUCCCACAAAUGGACGAAGGAAUGUACAAAAUUACUCGACAUAUUACGGUAUAAAUAGGUCUUGACGAGUUACCUGCUGCAAACAAAUGAGCCACCAUGGACGUCGUAUUUCGUUAAAUAUACCGAUGUUGUCAAUGAUCAAAAAGGGAUGUCUCACUUCAAUUGGCCAGUAGGCAACAGCAAUUAUCACGUACUUAGAACUGGCUGUUUCCCAUAUAUUAAAUAUCACUGUACAAAAAGGCCACAACAAGACCUUAACCUCGAGGACAAAUUUUUCAAGGCGAUCAAGCUAUUGAACCUUGGUAUACCUACAUUAAUGUAUGGAUUGGCAGCAAUUUUCUUAAUUAAACACCGAGAAAUCGUGAAAACAUCUCGGGGAGAUGUGGUGAUCCAUUUUUUAUUACCCGAGGACAAGGGUUCUAUGUACUGAUACAUUCGUAGACACACUGUCUUGUAUUAAUGUUGAUAUAUCUAUGUAAUUUUUAAUGUUUUUAAUGUUUUAACCAAAUAAAAAAGUUAUAGGAACUAACGUGUUUAUUUCUAUAAAAAUAUAUUAAUAUAAGAUUGUGUUUCUAAAUAAAAUAGAUAAUAAGUAUUCUAUCAUAGUUUUUUCAAAAUUAUGAUUUUUUUAAUUAUAACAUUUGCUUUAUUUAGAAAUUGAUGAUAUUAUAUGAAUUUUUUCUCGAUUUCUUUUAGACACUGAAAAAUAUAUCAAGUAUAUAUAGAUGAUUUCCGCUUAUAUUUUAUGGUAAAAAACAUUUAAUGGUUAAUUAUUACAUAUAUAAUUAUGCUAUUUACAAUACGACACAUUUAUAAAAUUAAGUAAAUACAAUACGUUCAUCCAACAUUUCAGAUUCGAGAGAAUGCGAUCUAACAAUAGACAUAUACACCAACCAACUUAAAUAUAAAAUGCAAAUUGAAAAUCAUAAAAUUUUGAAAAAGAAAUAUUUAUAAUAAUUCAUGUAAAGAAUACGUGUAAAAUAGAUUUUAUAUGAAAACAAUUCAUCAGCAAAUAACAUAGCUAUAAUUAAGAUGAUAUCGGCUCAGUAUUUUGUUUUCUCUAUUCCUAUGUAAAAAUCUAUAUAUCGCAAAUUCUUGCCGUAUUAAUCUAAAUCGUGUCAACGACUCUUACACAGAGAAUAAAGUAGAAAUGUACAAAUUUAUCAUUAACGUAGCUUUGCAAUUAUAAUUUUAUUAUACAGGCUGUCCCGUAACUAAUGAUAUAAUC